ACUUUGUGGUCCCCGAGUGGACCGGGUCCCAGGGACCGCAGCCCCCAGGCCGCGACUAACAGGAGGUGAAGAAAAGUUCCUUCUCCGCUUUCGGGAAGGUUUGGUCUGGUUGUGCCUGUGCCCAUGGGCGGGUUUAGGGGGAAGACGGACAACCGGAAAAUCAUCAUUUGAGCGUCAGAGGAGAAAAGAAAACGCAGAAGUUAAUUCUAGAAGGCUUCCCGUCCCUGCCUCUCGUGAGUGCUUAUGGAGCGAGCUGCUUCUCUGCAUUUCUCCCUGCCAGGCUCCCUUCUCUUCUUCCACCUCCUCAGCUUGUUUGCAGCGGUCUCAGUCCAAUUUACUGUCCUGGGACCAGCUGAUCCAAUUCAGGCCAUGGUGGGAGAAGACACCAAGUUACACUGCCACCUGUCACCUGAGAAAAACGCUGAGGGCAUGGAGGUGCGGUGGUUCCGGACGCAGUUCUCCCCUGCAGUGUUCGUGUACAAGGGCCAUCGAGAGAGGACGGAGGAGCAGAUGGAGGAGUACAGGGGAAGAACAACCUUUGUGAGCGAAGCUAUCAGCAAAGGGAGCGUGGGGCUGAUCAUACACAACGUCACAGCCCACGAUAACGGCAUCUACCGCUGUUAUUUCCAAGAAGGCAGAUCCUACGACGAGGCCAUCAUGUACCUGAUAGUGGCAGGUACGACCUUCCAUUUUGCUCCAUUGCUUUUUCACAGCCUGACUCUUAGGGAAAGUUUUUCUCCUCACCUCAGGCCCCCUGCAGACCAGCAGAUUUUUGCCUAGAAUCCCCUUUAAACA